AUGGAUCUUGACGACGCUUCUCUGUUAGCAAAAUCAACAGCGGAAUUUACUCACCGACAUCCUCCAAUCCAGAUAUGCACACUUUGCAAGCUCCUUUUUGAGUCUGAAACUAGGCUUCCCACGGCUCGAACCAUUCCACAACAGAUAUUCCAAACACCUGAAGGAUAUUAUUUCCAUCGAACAACUCAAGAACUCGAGCUAUCGGCUAACGAAGGCUGUAAAUUUUGUACAGAUGUGUUCAAACACCACCCUCUGCGGAAUGAUUGGAAGUUUGAGAGCAAAGACUGGAAAGUCACUUUGAAUAUUUCUUAUGAUGCCCUUGAAAAUCGUCUGGUUAUUUGUGGCUGGCGAGCCAGUGAUCUUUGGUUGGGAGCUUAUUGGAGAAAAGAGCGAAUGAGUGUCUUGGUGGAUUGGCAUUUGUUCACAUAUUCUGAUAACCCGGCUGCUCAGUACAUUACCGGAAGAAUUCCCUACGUAGGAGUAGGUUCUUCUAGAAGUUAUGAGACGGCCAGAGCAUGGUUAAACGAAUGCAUAGAGCAUCAUGAUGACUGCAAGAUGCCUGAUAUUGUUAUUCUUCCAAAGAGGUUGGUGGAAGUGUCGCCUUUAGGAGCUAUAGAGGGUGCUCGCUUAGCCCAAACGGAAGGACUUGUUGGAAAUUAUUAUGCACUGAGCUACUGCUGGGGAAAGCCACAGCCAUUUUCCACAAAGUCGGACAUCGUGGAGAAGUAUUCGGAAAGUCUUCCUAUCGACGCAUUGCCUCAAAGCAUUUUAGACGCGAUGGAAGUGACCCGUCAGCUCGGAGUUCGCUUUCUAUGGAUUGACUCGCUCUGUAUAAUCCAAGACGAUCCUGCAGACCUAGCGAACGAGCUUGGAAAUAUGGGCAGAAUAUACCAGAAUGCUCAGCUGACGAUAUCUGCGGCAUCGGCAGCAGAUUGCACAAAGGGCUUUCUCAGUCGACGGUCAGGAGCCGCCGAAGAUGAAAAUCCACGGUCCUGUUCAUUAAACGUGGAUAAGCAUGUCUUCGGAAAUUUCGUGCUGAGCACACACAGCAAUUGGGAUGGCCAUUGGAGUCGCCACGUUUUGCCCAUCAACAGUCGAGCAUGGACACUUCAGGAAACUUUACUCGCCCAACGACUUCUAAUUUACGGCAACGAGAGCGUAGUCUGGAAGUGUCAAAGCCCUUCUGCAAAUAAACCAGAUUGGUAUCGAUCGGCUGGUUUCUUGGAUUACUCUACAUCCGACAUCAUCGGCACACGUAUUCCGGACGCUGAUCAAGGAAUGGGAGUACCACCAGUGCCUUACGAUGAUCAGAAUAUGGUGAAGAGAAUGAUGUGGGGGAAUACGGUGUGUCAUUAUAACAGACGUGAUCUUUCAAAUAAGCAAGACAAACUUCCAGCUAUCUCUGCUGCUGCGGAAUUCUUCUCGAAAUUUCUAGGCCCGGAGCCGGGAGAUUAUUUGGCUGGUCUCUGGAGAGGUACUCUGGUGUAUGACCUCUUGUGGUAUAUUGAAGAUGACGAUCUCGGUUCCCGGGAUGUUUCCAACCAUCUAGUUGCUCCAUCGUGGUCGUGGGCUUCUGUUUCUGGACGCAUAUCUGAUAGCUAUGUCAGUCUCACCGCUCAAGGAAAGUUUGUUUCAACAGUUGACAUCGUGAGCUGUAGUGUUAACCUCUCAAGUAUACGCACACCCUUUGGUGAAGUCCGAGGUGGUGAACUCGUUAUUCUCGGGCAUCUGACUCAUUUGUUAAUUGGUCCAGGUCAUGAUAUCUACGGAAGAAUCGAGAACUCAAGAUUAUAUGAAUCCGAUACGAGGAAAGCAAUGGAAGAUACGAAAAUAACAUGGGAUACAGUCGAUGAUUUUAAGAGGUUGAUGAUGACAAAUAGACUGUCACUCUUGCCUAAUGGCGCAGAUCCUUACGUCCCAGCUUCGGUAGUAGUUUUAGGAUAUACAUUGUGGGAGGACGAUUGUGAAAGUGUGUGGUACAAGACCGCUCGUGGGUUGGUACUGCAAACUGCACCAGGUGGCUCUGGAUAUUACUCUCGGAUUGGAACUUUUGAGAGUCGAUGUCAGGCUUCGAGGGCCUGUUGGUGGGAGGAAUCAAAAAUUAGCACCGUAAAUGUCAUAUGA